GAGAGAGACUUAUGCAUUCCGAAAAAUUCUACUUGCCAUUUGAAGCACGGAUGAAUGAAAAACAGGGGCUUUACUGCCUGCCUCCCAUACGAACCAAGACAAUAUGGGCAUCAUGGCUAACUUUACACUGACCCUGGAAAACACAUUUAAAAAUGUCUUUGAAAAAUACAUGAAUAAUUGGCGCAAUAAUCAGACCGUGGCAAAUGAUGAACUACAAAACACCCUGAAUGAGGAAAACUUUAACUAUGUGAUCCUUUACCUCAUGGUGAUGAUUGGGAUGUUUUCUUUCAUCAUCGUGGCCAUCCUUGUGAGCACCGUGAGGUCGAAGAGGAACAAACACACAGAAGAUACGUACGAGGAUCCGUAUCACAAAUACAUAGUCAAUGACUGGCCUGAGAAAAGCCCGUGUAUCAUUCUGGAAAAUGUGGCCUCCAAGUCGUAUAGUGCUCCUACAUCCCCAUAG